AUGUCGUAUUGGGCGACGUCCGAAGGCCGGGCAUUGAGUGCUGGUCAUACAAGCCGUCUAUCGUGGUGUAUGCGGUCAGGUGCAAUGGCGAUUUCGCGCUCAGCCAUGACGCAAACGGAGUUAUUGCGCGACCGAAUUGUCGAUGUUGGCGAAGGGGUAGUGGCAAACUUCUUUGAGCAACUCUUGGCGCGGCUGGAACAGCAUGGAAUUCGACGAUGCCUUCAUGACGAUAAGGAAACUUAUGAGGACGGAACGAAUAAUGGUGACAAGAAUCUUCAUCAUAGCAUUUCCCUUUCGGAUGAAUGCUCCAUGGCUUCGUCCUUACGGCCGUCCGUCAAACAACGAAUGGAGGACGCACGGGAACCGUACUACUACGUGUGUGUU